CACAGAGCCUCACCACCACCACCACCAUCACCCACCAAGUCUAAAAACCCUCAAAAGAAAAAAAAAAAUGGACUACCUAACAUCUUGCCUUCCCCAAACUCCCGGCUUGCUUCCAAAAUGGCUACUCUUCGUCGCCGUAGUGGCGCUCGGCAACUCCAUACAAGCGUACUUGACACUGCGCUACAACAAACGCAUAUACUGCACGCGUCCGCACGAGGUCACGGCGCUCUCAUCCCGCACCUUCGGCACGUGGACCGUGCUCAGCGCAAUCCUACGCAUCCACGCUGCUUACUACAUUCAAGACCCCAUCGUUUAUGAUCUCGCGAUUUGGAGCUACGUCGUUGCCGGCGCGCACUUUGUUAGUGAGUGGUUGGUUUUUGGGAGUGCUGGGUUGAAUGCUGGGUUGAUGGGACCGUUGCUGGUUUCUUCAACGAGUCUUGCCUGGAUGAUUACGCAGCGGGGGGAGUAUUAAGGGGGGUUCGAGUGGUAGGAUUGAAGUUAGGGAGAUGAGAGGUGAGAGCUGGAGGUAGAAAUUGUAUAGAAAUUGUCUAGUCGUUUUUUAGAUGAUCCUUUGGCGGAAAUGAGAGCAGCUGGGGGGCAGGAGCCAUACCGGUUUUCCC